AUGUCGAAGGGUGUAGGAUCAUCAGGAGUGCAGCAAAAUAAUGGCAUAUUCUACUAUCCACAGCUAACACACACGAACUACAUUAGUUGGGUGAUUCGUGUACAGGCUAUGAUGGAGGACCAAGGAGUAUGGGAGGCAAUCGAGUCAGUAGAAGGCACAGGGAUUGAUGUACAACUUGAUAAGAAGGCGAGGUCACAUAUUCUACAAGCACUUCCGGAGGAUCUUCUAAUGCAGGUGGCAAAUAAGAAGACGAUGAAGGAAGUGUGGGAUUGUCUCAAGAUGAGGAUGCAUAUGAACGACAAUGAGUCGCUCGAUCAAUAUGAUGGUCGACUCACAUCCAUAUCAGUCAGGUACUCAAGCUUUGGAGAAACAUUAAAUGAUAUUGCGAUAGUAAAGAAGCUCUUCGACACCGUGCCAGAAAGGUUUAUUAGUGUGGUAGCCGGCAACGAGCAGUUUUACAACCUCGAGACGUUAAUAUUUGAGGAAGCUGUUGGAAGGCUGAAGGAGGAGUGGAAGGCACGAUUGAAAAAGGACGAGGAAGACUCGUUGAACCAGUGGAAAAAAGAUUCCACAUAUAGUGGGACCCGUGGUCAAGGAGGUAGAACCCGAGGUAGAGGCCAAGGGAGAGGAGGCAGAGGAGCACCGUCUCGGAAAGACAAAGAAGGUGGUUCAGGUGGUCGAGGAGCUCCUCGAGACAAGAGUCACAUUCGUUGUUUUAAUUGCAACGAGAUGGGACAUUACUCAACACAAUGUCGAGCAAAGAAGAACGAGGUAUCACACCUUACCCACGCAGACAACGUCGAACCAGCAUUACUUAUGGCAAUCUCGGAGGAGAUUCCUCCAAUCAAUGUUGUCAUGCUGAAUGAAAUGAAGCUGACUCCAGAAAUUUUAGAAGCUAAGAACGAUGAGACAUCAAGAGAUGCUUGA